CGACAGAUGAAUAUCUCCACUCUGUUGCGCCUUUCCUUAUCCCCUCCCGCAGGGUCUGCGGCCACCAUGGCGUAUUAGAGGCAGCAGUGCCUGCGGCAGCGUUGGCCUUUGCAGCGGCGGCAGCAGCACCAGGCUCUGCAGCGGCAGCCCCCACCGGCUUAAGCCAUGGCGUUCUUCACGGAAUCCAGCAGCAGCGUUGCUGUAACGGACAAAGAUACCUUCGAUUUAAGUACACUCUUCGAUUCCAACAAAGCCCUACAACAUGACCGAGAUGAGCUUCUUGAACAGCGAAAUGUUGGCGGGGGACUUGAUGUCCCCCUUCGACCAGUCGGGUUUGGGGGCUGAAGAAAGCCUAGGUCUUUUAGAUGACUACCUGGAGGUGGCCAAGCACUUCAAACCUCAUGGGUUCUCCAGCGACAAGGCUAAGGCGGGCUCCUCCGAAUCGCUGGCUGUGGAUGGGUUGGUCAGUGCCUCAGACACCGGCAAGGAGGAUGCUUUCUCCGGAACAGAUUGGAUGUUGGAGAAAAUGGAUCUUAAAGAGUUUGACUUCGAUGCUCUGUUUCGUUUUGAUGACCUGGAAACCAUGCCAGAUGAGCUUUUGACCACGUUGGAUGAUGACACAUGUGAUAUCUUUGCCCCUCUAGUCCAAGAGACUAAUAAGGAGCCCAUGACAGUGAACCCAAUUGGCCAUCUCCCAGAAAGUGCAACAAAAAUCGACCAGGUUGCCCCCUUUGCAUUCUUGCAGCCUUUUCCCUGUUCCCCAGGGGUCCUGUCUUCCACUGCAGAUCAUUCCUUCAGUUUAGAGCUAGGCAGUGAAGUUGAUAUCUCUGAAGGAGACAGGAAGCCUGACUCUGCUGCUUAUAUUACUGUAAUCCCUCAGUGUGUAAAGGAUGAAGACACCCCCUCAGAUAAUGACAGUGGUAUCUGUAUGAGCCCUGAGUCCUACCUGGGCUCUCCCCAGCAUAGCCCUUCCACCUCCAGGGGAUCACCAAACAUUGUUCCCUCUCCGGGUGUUCCCCGUGGGUCUCCCCGACCUAAACCUUAUGACCCCCCAGGAGUUACUUUGACAGCUAAGGUGAAAAUUGAAAAGUUGGAUAAGAAGCUGAAAAAAAUGGAGCAAAACAAGACAGCAGCCACUAGAUACCGUCAGAAGAAGCGGGCUGAGCAGGAAGCCCUCACUGGCGAGUGUAAGGAGCUAGAAAAGAAGAACGAAGCCCUGAAAGAGAAGGCAGAUUCUCUUGCCAAAGAGAUCCAGUAUCUAAAAGAUUUGAUAGAAGAGGUCCGUAAGGCAAGGGAGAAGAAGAGAAUUCCCUAGUAGGGUAGCCGGGUGCGUUGUGCCUGUACAUAGUCUUGUGCUGAAGCUGUGUUUGCAUAAUAAAUUAUUUUGUAGUAAAGUA